AUGAAUGACGUAAAUCCGUAUCAUUUCGGCAGCCUUACGGCGCUGCUGCGGGAGAACUACGCUUCCAUGCUGGAUCGAGUUAAGGGUCUGAAGCUGUUGAUUCUGGAUGAUGCGACUGCGGCGUCUAUGUCACUGGUCCAAACCCACUCAUAUCUUUUGGAGGGUGGAGUUCUGCUGACUACCAACAUCAGUGACGACAACCUAUUCAAUGACGAUCCACAAAACCUCUCGAAUUUACGCCACCUGAAGGCUGUAUACAUCAUCCAGCCGUCCCACGCAAAUGUAGCUCGCCUCUGCGACCAGUUGCGCAGUGGAUACUUCAAGGAAUACCAUCUAUACUUCACGAGUAUGCCGUUGGAGGGCCAGCUCGAGAUGCUCGCAAAGAACGACGUCUUGGAGCUCGUGUGCGGCGUUUACUCGUAUCACACCGACCUUAUGGCUGUGUGUCGUUAUUGCUUUUUGCUUGAUGCAGGUACAAGCGACCUGUACACGAGCAUUCAUAGCGGCGAAGCAGCUCGCGUAUCGCAAGGAUUGUUUAAUGUCUUCCGCAUAAUAAAGCAGAUUCCAUCCAUUCUACACGUAUCAGGGAGCUCUGAAGCCCGUGAGCUGGGUUUAAAAGUGCAGUCGUUGUUGAACAACGACCUGUUGAACUCCGAGGCCAUUUUGAAGACCUAUUCUAAGUUCGGCACUGGAGAGAGCUACGGCUGCAGUCUGCUCAUUUACGACCGGAAGUGCGACUGUGUAACGCCUCUGAUGAACCAAUGGAGCUACCAGGCUAUGAUUUAUGAGCUGUUGCCGAUGUCACGCAACAGCGUCCGAGUUGGCGAAGAAGACUUCAUUCUGAACCCAGAUUUCGACGAUUUUUACGGUGCGAACAUUUUCAAAGAAUUCGCUGAUGUUGAGGCUGCUUUGACUGAAAUGAUUCAGGACAACAAGAAGAGCUUUUCGGACGCCAUGAACAUUCUCCAGAACAUUCCGCAGCAGACAAAGAUCUGCAACGAGACCAAACGUCACGUAGCCAUUUUGCACGAACUAUCGCAACUGAUACAGAGCAGAGAUCUGCUCAAUACGGGGUUGUUGGAGCAGGAUAUGGGCACUCACACUAGAAGCUCUACGGAGGCUUUCGACGCGGUGGUAGAGUGUCUGAACAACCCUAACCUCGAGCCCUUUGAGAAGCUACGUUUGGCGUUGCUGUUUUGCCUCGAGUACUGCCGACAUGAGGACAAGGUGAACAUGAUAAAGGACAACUUGCGGAUGAACGGGUUGGAAUCGAUGGUCGGCAAGGUGGACGCGCUGCUGCAGUACGCUGAUGUCACCGACUCUGGGUCGGAUUCAUUCGCCAUUUUUUCCAGAGCUAAGAGCACGCUAAACAAGUCGCUGUCUUCAGUUUCUUCAAGCCCUUAUAUGCGGUACUCUUCGCGGCUUGCGUACAUUGUGCAGUCCCUGCUGAAGGGACGUCUGGACAACCGGCAGUUCAUGCUUAUUCCAACCAUGCGUCGGCGUCUUCCACGCUUAUUUUCCUUUCGUGGUUUCUCCUCGCAGCCGAAGGACCGGUGGCAGCUGACGGACGAGCACCGUCCAACUGUGUCUGCUCUCGACAAAUACCGUCAGGCGCUCUCUGCCGACCGCCGCAAGGCUAUACGCCGAUCUGACUUUUUGAAGUUCACCGGCGGCCGUCAGCCCCUGAUUUCAUCGCAUCUGAAAGCCAACCUUCUCGCCUCUGGAAUCUUCGUAUGGUGUAUCUUCGCUUGCUACAUGACCUACCGCAUUAUGCGCCCUGAAGACUAUGCGUGGGUAGAUGCCGAACGACAGCGUAUAGAAGCAGCGAAGGUGAAGAUGCAGCGUAUCAUCGAGUUGGAGAAACGCGGCGAAUCUGCUGGCACCUCACCUAAUUAA